AUCUCCGGACCGGAAUUGGCUUCGUUAUCUUCUCUCACGGAGCGGAGCUCGUCAACUGUCAACACGGACACCGGACGAAACCUGCGCCGCUUUCACACACACCGAAGAAAAUGAUACAAAGGGCGACACUCCCGACAAUAUCCCGGAAUCAAACUUCGCAUUUGUAGACUUUCUGACUGUGGUUACAUCUGGUUUUGGAAGCAGCGAUGCCGGUCGAGAGCGGGAGCAGCGCCGCCGCCCGCCAGCAGAAGCAGAAGAGGAAGUCCCACAGCCUGUCGAUCCGCCGGACCAACAGCACCGAGCAGGAUCGCUCCGGCCUGCAGAGGGACAUGCUGGAGGGACAGGACUCCAAGCUGCCUCUGUCUCUGAGGAGCAACCUGCUGGACCUGUUCAGUCAGAUCGAGAGGGAGUUUGAAAACCUCUACAUUGAAAACCUGGAAUUACGCAGAGAAAUCGAAACGCUGAACGACCGCUUAGCUGCAGAAGGUCAGACGUUUGAAGGGGCAGAUUUAGCCAAAGGAGCCCUGAAAACCAAAGCAAGUCACAGCACCAGCCAGCUGUCACAGAAACUAAAGACGACCUACAAGGCUUCAACAAGCAAGAUUGUGUCCAGUUUCAAAGCGACCACGUCCAGAGCCGUGUGCCAGCUGGUCAGGGAGUAUGUGGGCCACCGAGACGGCAUCUGGGACCUGAGCGUCACCAGGACGCAGCCUGUGGUGCUCGGGACCGCGUCUGCAGACCACACCGCCAUGCUGUGGAGCAUUGAGACGGGAAAGUGCCUCCUCAAAUAUCUGGGCCAUCAAGGGUCAGUAAACUCCAUCAAGUUCCACCCCUCUGAGCAGAUGGCUCUCACAGCCUCUGGAGACCAGACAGCUCACAUCUGGAGAUACAUGGUCCAGCUGCCGACUCCACAGCCCGUCGCUGAUGUUAGCCAGCAGACGCCCUGCGAAGACGACGUGGACUUUUCAGACAAGGACGAGGCCGACGGCGAGAUCGACGGUCCAAACGACUGUCCUUCUAUCCGUGUGGCGACCACGACUCUGCGCAGCCAUCAGGGUGUGGUGAUCGCUGCCGAUUGGCUGGUCGGGGGCAAACAGGUGGUGACGGCCUCGUGGGACCGAGCCGCCAACCUGUACGACGUGGAGACAUCAGAGCUCGUCCACUCGCUCACCGGUCAUGACCAGGAGCUGACCCACUGCUGCACACACCCCACCCAGCGUCUGGUGGUCACCUCGUCCAGAGACACCACCUUCAGACUGUGGGACUUCAGAGACCCGUCCAUCCACUCGGUCAACGUGUUCCAGGGACACACUGACACGGUGACGUCCGCUGUGUUCACGGUGGGAGACAACGUGGUGUCUGGGAGUGACGAUCGAACCGUCAAAGUGUGGGACCUGAAGAACAUGAGGUCUCCCAUAGCAACCAUCCGCACGGACUCCGCCGUCAACAGGAUCAGCGUGUCGGUGAACCAGAAAAUCAUCGCUCUUCCUCACGACAAUCGGCAGGUCCGGCUGUUCGACAUGUCCGGGGUGCGACUGGCUCGACUCCCGCGAAGCAACAGACAGGGUCACCGGCGUAUGGUGUGCUGCUCCGCCUGGUGUGAAGACAACACCUCCUGCAACCUGUUCACCUGCGGCUUCGACCGGCAGGCGAUUGGCUGGAACAUCAACAUUCCCGCCCUGCUGCAGGAGAAAUGACCUCCACCUCCUGCUGCUGCCACCUCACAGUGAAACUCCACCCAGAGUCUGUGUGUGUGUGUGUGUGUGUGUGUGUGUGUGUGUGGAGCUUCAAACACUCACGUCCUGCAGGCUGAGAAGGUGGCGUUAAAACGUUUAGACACACACGUCUCAGUGAAAGUGAAGUUACAGACUUUUAACAGCCGUCUUUUGAGUCUGCGGGAGGUCAGUAUUUGACGCUUGAAGCUCCCUGAGGUCAGAGAAAAGGACUCGCGCUCGCUGUCUACUCGAUCUGUCACGCUCUUUAACUCAGCAUGCCAAUUUACACAUUUGUGAAGAGAUUUCUUCUCAUACAAAAGAAAAGAAAAACAAACAGCUGCGUACCACUGAUGAAAAAACUAAAAAGGCAGAACGCACAACGAGUUAGAUACGUGACAUGCUGCGCUAACGUGUUUGAUGCUAACUGAAGCAAAAAUACAGUAAAUCUCAUCUGUGCCACUAAGAAUGACAGGAAAAUCCACUAGUUUCAUAUAGAGGGUCGGUGUUUUGUGUAUUUCAGGAGUAAAAUCUGUGAUAACUCUCCGUUUUAGCUCCUGCUUUAGUUUUAUUUCCUGAUUGCUGAGAUCAAAAUGGCAGCUCAAGAAAGAAGCGCUCCUGGAAUUGACUUAAAAAAUCUUCUUUUUUUUAGCAUUGAGGGAUCUAAAUUGUGUUCGGCUAGUUUUCAGUGUUGGUUAGCUUGUUGUUAAAAGUGAGUUUCAUUCCAAAAUGUGAGUUUGGCCCUUGAGAUUCAAAGCUGAAAGGUGCAAUAUGUAAUAAUUAGCUAAAAUUCACAGAAAUUAUCACCAGAACGUACUUAAAUCAGAGUUUUUACGUUACGUCUUUGUGUAGCAGAGAUAUUUAUUGAAGUUAGGCUGCAUAGCCUGAUGCUGAAUAACACAAACACUCUCCUGGUGAGCUAAUGCAGCCGCUAGCUACAGUUAGCUAUCGAUAGCCACAGUUAGCUGUUACUCUGGUGAUUUGUUGUUGUUUAUUUGUAGUACAAAUACUUAUAUAUUGCACCUUUUAACUAUUCGUAUUCAAAGCUUGUAAGACAUGUGACACUGUCCCUUUAAUAUGAGUGUUUUCUCUGCUCUUGUUUGUUGUGUUAGAGGUCCAGGAGUCGCUGUGUGAUUCAGUAAUGCACCUUUUUUUAAAAAUACCAACAGCUGUUACAGUUAUUUUUCCCUUUACAGCUUCUGUAAAUAGUCAACAGAGCCAGAAUGGGAAAAAGCUCAGUGAGUUUGUCGUCUGCACAGUCAGAUGCUUUUGGUUCACAACCCGAACAGGUUUCAUGGUCCAGUUCUGUUGUGAAAAAAAAAAAAAAAAAUCACAGUGGUUGAUUAAGGAACUGAAACUAGCUGCUCUCUCUACUGUGUCAAAAAAAAAAAAAAAGAGUGAAUCAUCUCCAGUGCUGGCAGCGGUGCUUUGUUAGAACAGAUUCUGUUGUUCUGUGUGGACCGAAGCGUCUCCAGUGUCGUAGGUUUUUCUCCCGUUCGACCUCCCACGUGAUCUUUGCUGUGAUCGGUCACUCUGCUCACAGUGUCGCCGUCUGGAUAUGACUGUGUUUCUGCUUCCAUAAAGCCACGAACCAGCCACUGUGUGUCCAGUAGACAAAAAGAAGUCGACUCCCUGCCUGGUUGACAGUUUUGUUGAUCGAGGCUGAUAAAAUGUGUAGACAGUCGUCGCUCUCGUCUGUAGGGAGGAAACGGCGAUUUCAGAGUUUCUGUGCGUCGCAAAAAAAUGAAAUCUUUGAUCUGUAAAGAGCAACACCUGUUGAAACGGUUGUACAGCAGGGCCGGGUACUGAGGCGCCGCUCACACUUCUAACUGUGAAGGAUUACCUGGACAGGAAUCAUGGAACUGUGGUUUGGUCACUGAUCAGAUUAUGUUGGCAGAUUCUUACACAUUUACAAAAAAAAAAAUCAGGAUAAAGACGGAGAAAACUGUUCAUACUAUUCAUGGAGGUAAAACACGUUGAUUGUUGCUCUGUUUCCACCUCAGCAUGUCGUCUUUGUUCAGAUAUCACAGCUCUCGUAAUCGAAAACUGUAAAAAAAAAAAAAACACAAUGUCUCUCUGGGCGUUGUUCGUUUUAAUCAGUCAUCGGAUUAAUUUCCAGAAACGUCAGACUUUUUAGUUCCCGAGUUUAAUUUCUGGCGCUCCUUAUUUUAAUUGAGUAUAAAAUGAGAGCACGCCACAUCAGCUCGAUUGUAAAAAGAAAAACCCGAGGAGGAAGAAAAUGAGAGCUUGUCUUAACUUUUAAUGAACUUCCAUAAUUGUGCACUUUGUAAAUGAUCCUUUUUGGCCUUUUCAUGGCUUUAAUCGAUCGAUCAGCUGGAGAGAGAGGAGGGAUGACGUCGAGCAAAAGGUCUGAUUUGCACUUUAGUAAAUUAUAUAACUUUACCAACAGUUAUUAAUUCUCUAGUGGCUCCUUUUAUCAAAUGAUAUUGAUCUUAAACUUAUGACAACUGAACUAAUUCUCUCCAGGUUUUAGUCUUAAUUUGUCCGCCUGUUUUUAAUGACAUGUACAUUAAAAAGUCGUCACUGUGAAAACUGUCGGUACAGAAGCGUCCUCAGACGUUCAGAAUAUGAGAACAAGCAGAUUUGCGUGGAGUUAAAAUGAAUCCGCUGUCGAAUCUGAUUUCAUUCAACUUCAAAAACAUAAAUUAAAAACUGAGAUUUGAAAUGUUGUGUGUCUGACGUUCCCUCGGCCGCCCGGCCCUGCUGUCGCACCGAUACUUGACAUGAUUGUAAAAAAACAAAACAAAACCUUUUCUGUUUCAGUUUCUCGCAGUGCCCUUUAGUCGUUGGUGUUGAAACACUGUGGUGACGAUUCUGUCAGUGACAUGUUUGUAACGGUACUUUACAACAAAAAAACAAAAAACUAGUGAAAUCUCCGAGGAGUGUCGUGAUGCGUUCGCUGCCACCUGCUUUGCUUUUCCCACUGCCACUAAAAAAAUACUCUGCCAAAGCUGCGUUCAAGUGAACGGGAGAGGCUGUAGUGAUGUGUGUGUGUGUGUAUGAUGAUUUCACUAUGAGAACAAAAUCUGUGUGUGUGUCUGAAAAAAAACCGUGGUUGGUGUUGUGAUGCGUUCGGACUGUAGUGCGACCGUCGUACUUUUGUGUUGCAGCAGUAACACGACGAACAAGCACACGUUUAUUUCCAAAAUGAUUGUUUCGAAGUCUAGCUUUAGAUUUGUGGAGCGUCGUUUCGCUGGUUUGUAACAAAAAAAACAAAAGAGUUCAUUCAAACUAAAAAAAAAAACAUGACAUGAUGAACAUUUUUCUCCUCUCGGUGGGUUAAAAGCACAUUUUUCUGUGAGCACCCACAGUUUUUAUGUGUAUUAACACUUUACAGCUGCACUUUAAGCCCAGUGAGAGUUUCCGAUCCGUACGUUAAAGAUAAGUGAGGGCAGCUGCAGAUGUAAAGUGUUAAACCUCGUCUCACUUUAAACCCAUAACAUUUGUAUCAUAUAAAUUGUAAUAUAUGAGGAGAGUGGCUGGUUUUUCGGGCUGCGUAGUGUUUUUCCAGCUGCAGCAGUUUUAUUAUUAGCCUUUAUAACUCGAUGACACGAUCGCUCCUGCAGCUCACGUGUUUUUAUUUGGUGUAAAUUCAGUUUUAUUGCUUCGUGAUGGAUGAUUUCUUUAGUUCAUGUGUGUCAGAAGGCUUUGCAUUCACAUCAAACAGAGCUCAUUUUGUCGUUUGGACCAGAGACGGUGAACAAUUAUAAAUUAGCCUGAUGCUACAUUUUCAUCUGACUUCUGGUGUGAAUUUUCUAAUCAUAUUGUUGGAAAUAACUUUAAAUAAUCCGUGGCUUUAUUUCCUCUUAAUUCAACCUUUGAUUUGAAGUCGUCGUGUCUGGUUUAACUGACGAAACAGUUUGUUUGUGUGAAGAACAUUUAAAAACUGACACAUUUCCUCCGUGUUCCCGUGAUAACGAGCAAAAUUUGACUUGAUUUCUUGAGGUCAGGAUUAAUUUCUGUCAUCAUCCAUGAGAAGUUUGUUCCUUCUUAUUACUCACAGCUUCAUGUUUGUUACGUCAGCAGUGCCGUGUCAGCAUACAUGGCAUCCUGACAUGUGAGGCAACUGAUUUCUGAGUCCCAAAUCCUUUUUUCUCAGGAUGAAAUCUCUCGUUAACUCUGGAAAACAAGUCAGAUUUAACUCGUUAUCACAGAGAAUCGGAGGAAAUAAAACGUUGGACCGACGACUGUUCGGGGCUUCUGUAGAUCUUUAGUUCAUCCAGUAUUGUUUUAUCUUCCUUCGCUGCAUUUUCUACCAACACUGAGCCACGUUCAUAACUCGCCUGUUCUUUAACCGAAUGUUCAGUCGCACUGAUCUCAUUCUGGAUCACAUCGUCACCGAGAGUCGGCCGUCUCAGAUCUGCCGUCUCGAAGCCUUCUUGUUAAACUGUGGCUCUCUGGUGUAAACAGUGUUGUGUGUGAUCAAAGUGGUUUGAUGUAGAAACGACGAACACCACAGCUCAGUUCUCAGAAACAAAAAAAUAAUAUAAAAGAUGGAGAUCUGUUGGCUGACAGCGGUUUUGUGGAUUAUAUCUGUGUAAUACGGAACAAGCGUCUGCUUGUGAAAUCAAAAUAAACCUUUCUGUGCUGUU